UUUCCUGGAGAAAAGGGUUAGUGGCAAGUUGUUGUAAUUUUCAUCCAAUCCUGAACCGCUUUAUUGUAUUGGCACGUAGCGGCUUAUUUUCCCCUUUGUCUGUCCGUGCUGUUUUAUUUGUACGUGUGUAAAUUAAAAACAGCACUACUCCAGCCAGCAAACAAACCCCGUGAAAUGACUUAAACCUAUUAGAAGAAGCCUCCGAAGACAUAACUGGGCUCGACGGUGGAAGUUAACUGGCAAAAUAUAACCAUGGUGGCUGUAAGUUGGUGGAGGAUGACAAGCAAGACGGGAUAGUUGAACUGAGCACUUUUGGGUGAAGAUGGGUGCGUGCGGGUAGCCUUGUAAUUAAUCUCCCGGAUCGAGUAAAGGACGCACAGUGUCAGGUUAGAUGUAAAGUUGCAAGUGAAACCCGCAGAAGGAGGAAUGGGAGUCUCCGCACGGAGGGAGGAUGAGGAGGCAUGCCGUCUCGGUCCUCACUGGUGUUUGACUUGCUAAGGCCAGUGUUCUACUUUGCUGCUGUAAGGUGGAGCAUCCCCACUCUGCCUGGGACACAGCAACAGACGGACAGAUAAACUGCGCUGUGAAGUUCUCCUUUUAAUGGAUGCCAGGGUGGCCCUGCUUCUCUUGUGGACAGUCUUUGUCCUGCUGACAGCUGAACUGAAUUGGAUUGAUGCUGCAAAGGUCUACACCAACACGUGGGCUGUCCAGAUCAAUGGGGGCCCUGGGGAGGCUGAUCGCAUCGCCAGGGAACAUGGUUUCAUCAACCAUGGCCAUGUUUUUGGAGAUUAUUAUCACUUCAGGCAUCACGCCGUGGAGAAGAGAGCUUUGUCUGGCCACAAGAGGAUGCACAUCAGACUGCAAAAAGAACCACAGGUCCUGUGGACAGAGCAGCAAGUGGUGAAAAAGAGGAAGAAGAGGGAUGUGUAUGAAGACCUAACGGACCCUGAUUUCCCCAAGCAGUGGUACCUGUCCAACCCAACACAUCAAGAUCUGAAUACAAAAGCAGCCUGGGCUCAGGGCUACACAGGAAGAGGUGUAGUGGUCACUAUCCUGGAUGAUGGCAUUGAGAAGGACCAUCCCGACCUCAUACGCAAUUACGACCCUGAGGCCAGCUAUGACGUAAAUGAUGGAGAUACUGACCCUCAACCAAGAUAUACACAACGAAAUGAGAACAGGCAUGGAACACGGUGUGCAGGAGAAGUUGCAGCUGCAGCAAACAAUGGCGUAUGUGGCGUGGGUGUAGCCUAUAAUGCUAAAAUUGGAGGAGUUCGUAUGUUGGAUGGGGAGGUGACAGAUGUAGUGGAGGCUCAGUCUCUUAGCCUGAACCCUCAGCACAUCCACAUUUACAGUGCCAGCUGGGGCCCGGAAGAUGACGGCAAGUCUCUGGAUGGCCCUGCCAAGCUGGCUAAGGAGGCUUUCCUCCAGGGAAUCACCAAGGGACGCAGCGGACUGGGCUCCAUCUUCGUCUGGGCUUCGGGUAAUGGUGGCCGGGAGCAAGACAGCUGUAACUGUGACGGCUACACGAACAGCAUUUACACCCUGUCCAUCAGCAGCACCACGCAGUCCGGCAACGUGCCGUGGUACAGCGAGCCCUGCUCCUCCACCCUCGCUACCACCUUCAGCUCUGGAAACCCGGGGGAGAAGCAGAUAGUGACCACUGACCUGAGGCAAAAAUGCACAGACUCUCACACGGGGACGUCCGCGUCAGCACCGCUCGCUGCUGGGAUCAUCGCUCUGGCUCUGGAGGCCAAUAUGAACUUAACCUGGAGGGAUAUGCAGCACCUGGUGGUGAGAACAUCCCAGCCCGGGCAUCUCAGCGCCGGUGACUGGAAGACCAAUGGAGUGGGGCGCAGAGUGAGUCAUUCGUACGGUUAUGGGCUCCUGGAUGCAGGCGCUCUGGUGGCGUUGGCACAGAAUUGGACAUCAGUGGGACCGCAGCGCCAGUGUGUUAACACGAUGCUUUCAGAACCAAGAGACAUCGGGAACAAACUGGUGUUCAGCAAGAGCGUGGAUGCCUGCUGGGGACGACCAGAGCAUGUCAGCUCCCUGGAACACGUUCAGGCUCGCCUCACUCUCUCCUACAACCAGAGAGGAAAAUUGGCCAUUCAUCUCAUCAGCCCGCUGGGCACACGCUCCACCCUGCUGUUCCCCAGGCCCAAUGACUUCUCCUCAGAGGGUUUCAAUGAUUGGGCCUUUAUGACCACACACUCAUGGGACGAAGACCCUCAAGGAGAGUGGACCCUGGAGAUAGAAAAUGUAGCACCUAAUGGACGUGACUAUGGUGUGUUAAGUCAAUUCACCCUCAUCCUGUGGGGUACUGGGCCCAGCAUAGUCAACCCCUCGUCCCCUGACUUCCCUCGGCCGUCCAACAACAGCUGCAAGACAUUCGAUGCCCAGCAGAUCUGUAUCGAGUGCAGCCCUGGCUUCUCCCUCUUCCUGCAGGGUUGUGUGAAGUUGUGUCCGCCGGGCUUCACGUCGGGGCAGCAGCUCCUCAACCUCUCUCUGGAGAACUGGGUGGAUUUGUCCUCCGUCCAGGCCUGCCUGCCCUGCAAUCCUGCCUGUCUCACUUGCUCUGGCACCGGGCCUGCAGAUUGCCUGUCCUGCCCUCCUCACAGCCAUCUGGUCUUCACCUCCUGUUUGCACCAGAAUCAAGUCCAGCGAAAAUCCCCUCUAACUGGAGGACUCCAGGGUGACGGAGCGCAGCCAGAAGGUGCGAGUCCAGCAGCAGCAGACCACAACAGCAAAGUAGCUGAGGAAUCCCCAGGGCUCAUUGUAGCUCCGUCCACUCAACUCCCUGCCGUCGUGGCCCUUCUCAGCUGUGCCUUCAUCCUGGCUGCCUUCGUCGGGGUCUUCUUCUUGCUGCAGUUACGCUCAGGUGGCGCUUCUGCCUGGAGGACCAAAUUGCCCUCUGGAUUUUCAGAGACGAAGGGGGUGCGGGUGGGCUUUGGUUUUGGCUUCCGGCAGGGACGGGAGAGAAAGGCAAGGAUAUGCUACAAGGGAAUCCCCACUGUGUGGGCGGAUGAGGACAUGAUUGCCUACGAGUCUGAAUCAGACAGCGAGGAAGUGGACGGUCACAGCGAGAGAACAGCUUUUAUUAAGACGCAGAGCUCAAUCUAGCUGAAGCUGCAUCUGCUGUUGUGGUGUCUGACACGACGACAGGUCUGACUGCACGGAGCUGAUUCGUGAAGCAGAAUCGCACAGGUUCAGAAAAACACAAAGCGCAGGCCUUACUGUCCCAUCGGCACCCCAUCCAAACGCAAAAGAGCCAAUCAUUUUUUUCAUGUAUUUAUUUGCUACAUGCUUCAUGUGUAUUUUCAUGUAUUUUAUCUUUUAUUUGAUUGAUGUCAGUUGUAUUGAUAAGCCAUUUAAAUGUGUUAUGCAACUAAUUUACUUUGGAAAUAUUUCUCAGAGUGCUUUCCAGAAAAUGAGUAUUGCCACGCCCCAAAGCUUGGAUACCUAACAGGAGAGGGUUAGAGACAGAAUGGUCUAAUAUUAAGCAGCAGAGACCAAGAUAUCCUGAGUUUUGAAGAGGCACGACCAUGACGUUGUGCAACUCCACCUAGAAUAAAUAAACGUACCUUAUUUAAAUUUGGCAACAAUGCAGUGCAUUCAGCACGACUGCUAUUUUUGAUCAGCCACUAGAAUUCUCCUUCUGACCGCCUGUGCGUCUGUGACAGUUGCUGUAUCUCCUCCACUUAUUAAAAAAAAAAAAAAAAAAAGAUGGCGCUUUAAUUAGAAUUGUUAUUUUGCAGAAGAGUACAAACUCAAAAUUAUCCUGUGGCCAUAUGCUGCAGGCGUGCAAAGGCAAACAAGGAAGAUUAGAAUAUUUUGGCUUUUAUUGGAAUAUUUUCUCUCUGAUGCCUCAGGAUAUUAUAGCAUUACAGUGACAAGGGUGACAAAAUCACAGUCCACACCACCAGGGAAGUGUUCCUGUGCUCGUGUUUGUGUUCGUGGCUUGAUGCAGCGCCUUUGGGCACUUCCACUGAAAAGUGCAUUCUGGUGUUUUGGGUUGUAGUUUGUAACCCAGCUCUCAUCACUGGGGAUGACAUCCUGGUCAGUUUGAGAGGGAAGUUGUUUACUCGAGGCAUUUGAGGUCGCGAUGAGUCUGCCGAGACACGUGAUGAAAAGGGCAGCUCCAGGGAGUGACUUAAGAAAAAAAAUAGUGGGAGUGCUGGAAGCACUCGAGAAGGUCAAGCUGACCUUGAAGGGGAGCUCAAAUUCAAGUUGGGUAUGGUUUUUGCUUUUUAUAGACAAAGUUGCAAACUUUUUGAUUGCAUUUGUAGGUCAAGACCCCAAAUUGAUGAAUACUAGUGUCCAACUGAAUAUCUGUAAAUUUCAAACUAUAUAUCUGCACUUGGUAAUGCAUGGUUCUUGAGGGGGAGAAAAAAACAGCGCCCCCUAGCAUAAAAACUAAUCAGAACUCGGAGUAAUCUUGAUGGAAUCACAGUAGUUAAUUUAUUCAGGCUUAGCAAAGCACCUCCAGAAGUAAAGGCCUUAUUCAGAGGCUGAGAAGCACAUGUGCCAAGCAGUGUGUAGAAAUGUGUGGAGUGGCCCUUUACUCCAUUACUUUAUCUAAGGCAUAUCUAAUUUGUCUCAAAUACAAACAUCUGGCCUCUACUUCAGGUGGACUUCUAAUAUAUUGCUGUUGUUAUCUUUCAUCAGAGACCUGACAGAUUGCAGGCCAGGGGUUAUAAAGUUGACUCGCUGUUCAUUAAUGCUAAGAAAAACUUUAAAUUGAGGAUUUCUGCAGCGCGCUGGGACAGCAUAAUAAAACAUCCCCGCAGGUUGUUUGAUAAGCAGGAAACUGUGGAGGAUGCUCCGUUUUCAAUCAAGCCUCAGUGGGAAUUUCCACUGCAGCGCAGACACCAGAGAUGGUACAUCAGUCACACAGAAAUGUGCCGAAUUACAGUGAAGCAGCACUGUUUUUUAAUGACAUUAACCACUCAGCCCAAAAGCUGCUUGGCUGACCUUGUGAAGCAUUGUACCACUUGGUUACUGCGGGUGAGAAACAAGAUAAUUCUCUCUUCAUUUUCCCCACAGAGUGUGCUUUAUAUUGAUUUUGGGGCUUCUCUUCCAGAACAUCUUCAUCAAAGUGAAGCUUCCUCCCUUUCUGCUGUGAACACCAAACAUAAAAGGACAAAUUCAUGCUUUAUAUUCUCUCUAUAACGACGUAGACUUGCAGCUACGUGGCCAAAUCAGAGCCUUUGGAUCCAAAAGACCAGAAUGGCUAGUGCUUAAAAAAAAAAUCAGAAGAUAAUGAUUCAAUUUUCUAUGUUUGUUUUUAUUUUUAAUCCUUUUUUUUUAUUAUUUAACUGAUGACGGAUGUUAUGUGUUGAGAUCAAUUUCAUGCUGGAUUAAUUAAAAAAAAAAAAAAAGUUUGGCUGUUGUGAAGCAGGUCUGUGUUUUUACUGCCAGGGUUGAAAACUUUUAUAGUUUUUUUAAUGCAUCUUAAAUUCAGCCCCUGACACACAACCCCCACCACCACCACACACACACACCCCACAGAGAGCAGAUGGUUCCUCGCUUCUUCAUGGUCAUAUAUCAGUGUUGCCGCUGCGUUUCCUUCACUCCUGGCGUUGAGCUUUAACAGAGUGCCAGCCUUCUUUUUUCCUGCCUGCCAUCCAGUUGCAGCAGUGAGCAAAGCUGCCAAGAACGCCUUCAAGAAACUGUUCCCUCAAGCUUCAGCGUAGCGGGCCCCUUAAAGUUUAAAUUAAUAUAAAUGGAGGUUUGUAUGCAUGGGGGAAAACACCAGGCGGGCGGUGGCAGCAGCUUUGUUCAUUAGCAGCUUCCCCCCCCCCCCUCCUCCCUCUACAGAGGUGCAGGUAACUGGGUUCAUGGGUGAAGGUACAUUCAUUUUGUGGCCCAUAAUUAGAUCUGCCGGGAGAACUCGCCGCACAAUUCAGCACUCCCUGCAUGUCAUGUUUUGCAUUUUAAAUCCAAACCAAUCGCGUGUGCAAAUUGUUUUGUAGAUUAUUUUUUUUUACCUUUUGGAAAAAGUGGAUGAAUUUGAAAGCCUUUUGUCUCCAUCAGUCACACCGCCAUUACACGUGUGUAGGAGUGGGUAUUUUGUUUGUCCUUUUUCCCCCCACACCUUGCCCUUUAUAGCUUGUAGUAAUUAGCUGCCAUGUACUGCGACAAUGCUGUCUACUAACUAGACUUGGCAACAAUACACAUUCCGUUAAUUAAAACGGGACUCACGAAUCAGCUCCUCAUUAGUUGAUUUCACAAUAGGAUGCUCUGGACUCAGGGCCUCAUUAUUCCAGCAGGUCAUGUUAUCUAUGCUGGUGCUGAACAUCAUAAAGUCACCCGUCAUAUCCCCCUCGUCCCCCCCCCCCCCAAAAUGGGAGGAGAGGCACCAUUUUUCCAGAUUCGUGAUCCAUUUUUAUGUAGCAGCAGCAAAGAAGCAUUUCAUGUUCGACUCCUGCUCGCUGCUGUCACCCAUACCAUCAACACCUUCACCUCAAAGUGGUAAACAUGGGAAAACUUCCUGCUGCUUUUAACUACAUGUGAGCUGAAGUGUGAACUUUAAUGCUCGCCUUGACAGAUAUGCCGAACAGGAGACCGACUGCUGACAAGUGAAGCAUUGGACAGUCUAAGAGGGUUGAUAUGCCGAUGCACUUCUCUGACUGACAGCAUCCACAGACAUUUACACCGACUCAAUGUUGCCCCCUGCUGAUCAUCACUUACUCUAUUUAGGAGCAGCAUGUUAAUUAUCCAGAUAUUAAUUAAUGAAUUAAACAGUUGGGGGGAGGGGGGGUGGAAGUAUUUGAAGAUAAAGAGAGGCCUUUACAAAAGGCUAACUUUGUGUUUUCAUCUUUAUUCGCGUCCCAUCUCUUUUUGUUCUUCUGCAGCGUUAAUCCCCCGUGAAUAACAAAUGCAAGUAGAGACUUUCAUACAUUACCUCUGAACAAACAAAAACAGUGCUACAAGAGAGGAGAGAAAAAAGAAAAA